AUGGCCGAGGGCCGAGCCGGUGGAGGGAGCAAGAGAAAUUUGGGGCGCCUCAAUGGUACAUCCCCUGGAGUCGAUUUCGAUAGCCGCCGGCCCGACCUUCGAAAAAUUGCCAUGGCUCAACACAAACCGUUCAAGGUGGUAAUUGUAGGCGGUAGCAUUGCUGGUCUCACCCUCGCCAAUAUGCUCCAAGUCAACAACAUCGACUUUGUCGUCCUGGAGAGGCACCCAAAUAUUGCGCCCCAAGUGGGAGCCAGCAUCGGUCUUCUUCCCCAUGGCAAUAGAAUACUUGACCAGCUGGGAGUUUUUGAUACGCUGAUGGCCUUGUCAACGCCUGUGGACACAUUCACGUUUCGUAACGACUCUGGGCAUCAGAUAGCGGCAUGCCGUGACGUGAACCACUCGUUCUGCCAAAGACACGGCUUCCCCAUCGCGUUCUUGGAUCGCCAAACUGUGCUGCAGGUCUUAUAUGACAACAUCCGCGACAAAUCCAAGAUAUUUACCAGCAAGCGGGUCACCAAGAUUGAGCUCAGCGAACACGACAGCAGUGCUUUCACGGCCGACGGGCUUGAAUACACUGGAGAUAUUGUGAUCGGUGCCGAUGGUAUUCACAGCACCGUCAGACACGAGAUGAAGAGGCUCUCCAGGAAGCUCAAUCCAGGAGUGUUCUCUGAGUCUGAAGAACAAGAAGUGGCUUGUGACUACCAAUGCAUAUUUGGCAUUUCCAAAUCGUGCCCUGGGGUCAAUCCUGGUGAUAUGAACUCCGUUUUCCGUGACAAGGCCUCGUACCUCGUCAUUGGAGGCUCCAAGGGCCGUACGUACUGGUUUCGCUUUCAAAAGUUCCAUAAGAGACUUUACGGUUCUGAAGUUCCUCGAUACACCGAGAGAGAGGUAGAAGAGGCGGUGGCGACCUUUUCAAAUGAGUACAUACUUCCUGGCGUCCAGAUGUCGGAACUCAUUCGGAACAAAGUUAGCGUAUCCAUGACGCCGCUUGCGGAGCAUGUCUACAGUACAUGGCAUAUUGGAAGAGCGACAACUGUCGGUGACUCGUGCCACAAGUUCCACCCGAUUGGCGGCCAUGGAGGCAAUGCCGCUAUCGAAACAGCGGCGUGUCUCACGAAUCUGCUUGUCGAGAAUUUGAAGGCUUCGUCUACGGGGCGCUUGACCACCUACCAGCUGGAUGAAAUCUUCAAUCGCGUGCAAACUACUCGCCAUCGGCGGACUAUUGACAUUAUGAAGUAUUCCCACAACCAGCAGCUCACCGAAGCGCUGGAUAGUGGGUUUAGAAGAUUUACGGCUUUCUAUCUUCUUCCACUUAUCGAUAAGGAAGACGUCACGUUUAACUUCUCGUGCCAAAUCCCAGCGAGCGAGAAACUUAACAUGCUUCCCAUUCGGCGAGAAGAGAGGCUGGUUCCUUUCAAGGAUGAUCUUCUACGUGAGCCUAAGACACGAGGUCCUCUGAAGUGGCUAUUCAUCUUCCUUUACGUUUCUCUGGCCGUCACCGUCUACUACGGCAUGUGGAUUCUUCCCAAGAGUUGGGACUUGAUACCACUCGUGGAGAAAGUCAUAGCGACGGGAAAAUUCGAGUGGGACGCCUCGUUCAAGCUUGUAACAUCAUACACCGGGGUAUCUGCUCUCGACCAAUACUUUGUUUUCCUGGCUGUCAUUUUCAUGCCAGGUCUUCGGGGGCAGAACUCGAGCUUCGGGAUGAUGCAGGUCUACUUUCUGGGCCUUAUCGGUCAACCGAUCUGCAUAUGGACGGUAGAAUCGUUCCGAAAACGUAACGCCCUGACUUUGUUGGCUUUCCCGAGCCUUUGGUUUAUCCUCUUUCAGUCAACGGGAAUCGGCUUCUUCAUGCCUCUUUACUACGCUGUGUACACGUGGAUCUCGGAUGUAGAGCCAUACUGGUGGCCUUUGCGCAGGGCAGUGCCCAUCCACUACGCCAAGGCUCUUCUCCCUUCCACUUUGCUUGGAUACUUCCUGCCGACGGUGCUGAUGUUCUUUCCAUGGCAUGAGGCUGAGACGGCCCAAUACUGGGAGACCUUUUGGCAGCCGUCUCCAUGUUACGUCCCUCUGAUUACAAUGCUCUUAGGCACGAUCUACCGCUGGCAGAGACCUCUUGGCGAAGAAGAAAAACGAUUACCACGCGCCAAAGACGAACCCACUGAUGUCGCACCCCUCAAGCAGCUCUAUCUUGUCACAGGCUCGCUUGGUGUCUUGUUGCACUGGUAUGUGCUACUGACUAUUCUGGGUAGUCCCGCUGUGUCCUUCGCUGCAGUGUUUUUCCCGACGUAUUCCGUCAGCCCAAUGCCCCUGGAUCAAGCGUUUCUAAACAUUUUUGUGGUCGACUUUUGGGGGUUCUUUAUUGCUUCGUAUGUAUGGUGCGUCGGCGCCGUGUGGGACCUGAGGCGAGUUGGCCGGACCGACGUCAACGUUGUCAAUGCAUCUUUCAUCGUUCUCGUUGCUCACUUGGGUCUCGGGCCAGGGGCAGCUAUGUCAGCCGUUUGGUAUUGGAGAGAGGAGUGUAUGGCUAUUUGUUUGUUCCCAACGGCUAGAAAAUUGCACAGCGAGUAG